AUGGCCUAUCUUUCUAUUGUCACGUGUCUUAUCCUUCUGAGUUCUGUCUACCCAGGGUAUGCGAGACCGCUUCACGUGCGGAACCCUGGUCUUACGAUCCGUGAGGUGAAGGAAAGAUCUCCAUCUUCUCCUCAAGCUCAUCUCGUGGAGGCUUAUCGAAAAUACAAGGCCGUCCUUCCAGACGAUGUGGCCACUGCAUUAACGAAUUCGCUCGUGGCUGCGAGUCCUGGCGCCUACGACUCCAGAUACCUUUGUCCUGUCACCAUCGGAGGGCAAACCUUGAACUUGAAUUUGGAUACGGGUUCGGCCGAUCUAUGGGUUUUUUCUUCGGAACUCCCCGAAUCACAAUCCUCCGGUCACACUGUAUACGAUGCGAGCAAGUCUAGCACGGCUCGACCUCUUGAAGGAUACACGUGGUCAAUUACAUACGCAGAUGGGAGCUCCGCAAGCGGUAAUGUCAUGCAAGACUCCGUGACCAUUGAUAACAUCACUGUAGGUACGCAAGCUGUCGAACUGGCGACUCAAGUCAGUCCCUCGUUCCAAUCGGAUACUGAAUCAUCUGGACUUCUCGGCCUCAGCUUUAGUACUUUGAACACAGUUCAACCGAUUCAGCAAUUGACAUGGUUCGAUACAGCCAUUCAGGAAGGUCUUUUGGAAGCAGAAUUGUUCACCGCCAAUCUAAAGAAAGGCACUACCGGUAGCUACGACUUUGGAUUCAUUGAUCAGACGAAGUAUCUCGGUGAAAUAACCUAUACCAAAAUCGACAGCUCGCAAGGCUGGUGGAACAUUACGACUACCGGUUAUCAGGUUGGGAGCGAUAUUGUCCGCGACGUUGCCAUGACAGGGAUCGUUGACACGGGAACCACGCUCCUCAUUGUGGACCAUUCUGUCGUGGACGAUUACUGGAGCAAUGUCGAAGGGGCUCAAUAUGAUACGGCUCAAGGUGGUUACGUCUUUCCAUGCGCUUCGCCUUUGCCGGAUUUCGCACUGCGCAUUGAGAAUCACUUGGCCACGGUCCCUGGCAGUUACCUCAAUUUCGCCCCGAUCGAUGAUUCAACUUGCUUUGGCGGCAUGCAAGCCAACGAUGGCAUCGGGUUUUCGAUCUUCGGUGACGUUUUCAUCAAGUCCCAAUUCGUCGUCUUUGACAAAGGAAACAGCUCCCUUGGAGUCGCCUCGAAAUCCAACGUAAAUGCUACUUCUUCAGCCGUGUUCUUCACCAACAUCGGUACCUCGUCAAGUUCGGGUGCGAUCAUGUUGACGAGCAGCACAACCAAGACAACUGUAGACACCUCUUUCACCGCACGCUCGAUGGCUUCUCAGGCUUCAAUACCGUUGCUUUUGACUUCUCCUGCUUUGUCCUCUUCGUCCAGCUUGGUUCACAACGCUUCAUCUGGAUUGUCACCCUCUUCAAGCCUCACCGGUUCCGAGGCGGACACGGGAGUCGGGUCAACCUCGAUCUCGAUUUCGACCCCUUCAUCUGCAGCAACACCGAUUACAGCACCACCGUCAACCCCGAGCUCGACUACUCUUACUAGCUCCGCUCUUGGAGCCAUAUCAACAGUGGGGGCCGGAGCUGCCAUAGGGCCGCUCAUUCCGGCCGCCGCUCAUUCCUCAGUGUCCACAAAUUUCUCCGCGAACUGA